AAAAUUUCGUUUAAAACUAAUCAAGGUCAAGGCUGCGAUUUCUAGGCCAAACUAAAAUGUAGUUACAGAUUAUGUUCUAUUUCUGCAAAUCAAAUGAUAAUACUGAAAAUCGCGAGACAUUGCGGUGACGGUAGGUGUACAAUUGUCGCUGUGAUGACACAUUGACAAACAAAAAUGAAAAAAGUGAUUGAAGUGUUAUUAAAACGAUCUUCAAGCAUUUUAAACCAACAAAAGACAGUACAUUCCACGCAAAAAUGCCUGCAAAAGAUCCAUACGUCAUCCGGAGUAGAUCUGCAGCUGGGUAAAACAGACGAUGAUGUGAUAUACCCCGAUCUGCCACAAGUGGGUGUCCCAAACCUCCAAGCCGAGGAGUUACUGAGCUUUAGGGGCCUGGAGACAAGCUUCCCUUGUUUGACCAGAAAUAAAGUGACCGGACCAGAACCGCAAUAUGACAAAAUCAUAUCAGGCUACAAAACAUUCAACUCUGGGCAACCGUUUAAUUUCAAAUACAGCAAAGGUGUCAUACCAGAACUAGUCAUUGCGUACGAAACAUGGGGUGAGCUCAAAAAAGACAAAACCAACGCUGUUGUCAUACAUGCUGGAUUGUCUGCCAGUUCCCAUGCUAAGAGUCAUGAGGACAACACAUCGCCGGGCUGGUGGGAGAAGUUUGUAGGGCCGGGCUGCGCCAUUGACACUGACAAAUUCUUUGUCAUCUGCACCAACACAUUGGGGGGAUGCUACGGGUCAUCAGGUCCAAGCAGUUUUAAUCCAUUGACAAAAAAGAAAUACGCAACCACGUUCCCUGUGGUCAGUGUCACCGACAUGGUGGCUGCACAGUUCCAGGUGUUGGAUCAUCUUGGUAUUCAUCGUUUACACGCCAGUGUUGGUUCCUCUCUGGGAGGGAUGUGCUCACUGACUGCUGCUGCCAUGUAUCCAGACAGAGUGGGCAGGAUGGUCUCUAUUUCAUCCUGCGCCCAGAGCCACCCGUCCUCCAUUGCCGCCCGCUACCUGCAAAGGAAGUGUAUCAUGGUGGACCCAAACUGGAACAAGGGCCACUACUAUGAUGGCAAAUACCCCAAGAUGGGCAUGAAACUGGCCAGGGAGCUUGCAACCAUGGGCUACAGAAGUGGACCCGAGUGGGAUUUGCGUUUCGCUAGGAAACGAAUUGAUGAGGGGAAAUCCCCGACGCUGUGUCCCACCUUCAUUAUUGAGAGUUACAUAGAGUACCAGGGAGAGCAAUUCAGCACGAAGUUUGACCCAAAUUCACUAUUGUAUAUUUCUAAGGCCAUGGACAUAUUCGACAUUGCAGAAGGGUAUAACAGCCUGGAGGAAGCGUUGGAGAGAGUUGUGUGCCCUUCCAUGGUGAUUGGUGUGAAAACAGACAUUCUUUUUCCCAUUAUUCAGCAGCGGGAAUUAGCGACCAGUCUCACCAAGUCAGGCAAUUCACAUGUGACUUUCUACGAGAUAGACUCCUUAUAUGGCCAUGAUACGUUCUUACUGGAUCUAAACAAUAUUGGAGCUGCAGUGAAGGGCUUUUUGGAGACUAAGAUGUCCAACGGCCAUUGAAGUCAGAGCUGAAAACUGUACACUGUCAUUGCAAACAAACCCAAAACAGCUACAAACCAUCUAUCGAUAAGCAAUUAAAACUGGAUGAUUUACUUCAUCAAUUAGUUAUAAACAAUUCUUUUUCCGAAUCCCUUGUAAUGCAUGUUUUUCAGUAUUUAUAAAUUUAACAAAUGCGCAAGCAAGCAAUAAGCAACACAGAAAAUUUGAAGUUUUCUUUACAUGUUAUAAUAGUUAUACCUGUACAUCGAAACAGUCAUUUGUAUCUAGUUAAUUUUACAUGCUAGCAUGAUAUUAUGUAUAGAAGAAAAAUGAGACGAGCUGUGUGAGGAAAAUAUUUCUUCUAGGGAAAUUUAUUAACCCUUAACCCCAUAAAAGCAAAGUGAAAAUGGCUAUGUGCAAACAGCAUGAAACCGGAACAGCCUGCCAGUAACUUUUUGUCUGUUCAGGUUUUAUGCUGUUUGUUGCUCAUCAGUUUCUAAGGUUUGGAGAUGAAGUCUUAAAAUUUGUAAUCUAGUAAGAAAGGUCUUUAAUUGCAUGUAACUUUGUAAGGGACUUCAAAUGCGAGAAAAUACGUAUCUAAUGGGUGAAGGGUUAAACAUUGUAAUCCAGGUGUUAACACAUAACAGGAUGGGUUUGU